UUGGGCAGAGUAUAUCACCGACACGGAGGAGAAACGCCGUUGACAACACCGAAGUUGUACACCCGCCGGUAAUAUUGUGGCAAACUCCCGUUGUCUUUAGCAGUUCCAGUAGUUGCAGUGCCUCCGCGGGUAGCCCUGCACCCACGUCUUUCUCCCCCUUAACACGGAGCUUCACCGGUUUAACCAUGGUGGACGUUAGCAAGUGGUCUCUCUUCAACCUCAUGAGCGCCCAGGAGAUUGCCACCAUAAGGCAGGCAUGCAUCUUUGGAGCGUCUGCCAAUGAGGCCAUCUACACUACCCAUGAUAACGAGGUGUAUGUGUUUGGUGUGAACUGUAGUAACUGUUUGGGAACGGGGGACAGUCAGAGCACGAUUGUCCCCAAGAAGCUGGAGUCCCUGAGCGGGAAGAAGGUGGUCAGUCUGAGUUACGGCAGUGGGCCCCAUGUGCUGCUCACCACAGAGGAGGGGGAGAUGUAUGCAUGGGGACAUAACGGAUACAGUCAGCUGGGCAAUGGGGCGACCAAUCAGGGAGCAGCUCCUUUGCUGGUGUCCACCAACCUGCAGAACAAGAGGGUGGUGGAGGUGGCCUGUGGGUCGCACCACUCGAUGGCCCUGACCCAUGAUGGGGAGGUGUUUGCGUGGGGCUAUAAUAACUGUGGUCAAGUGGGGUCAGGCUCCACCGCCAACCAGCCCACCCCGCGCAGAGUCUCCUGCUGCCUCCAGAACAAGGCAGUGGUCAGCAUCGCCUGUGGCCAAACCUCUUCCAUGGCUGUGUCGGAUAAUGGGGAGGUGUAUUGUUGGGGCUACAAUGGUAACGGACAGCUGGGCUUAGGAAACAAUGGCAACCAGCUGACACCAUGCCGCGUGGCUGCGUUACAGGGUCUCUGUGUUUUACAGAUUGCCUCGGGCUACGCCCACGCGCUGGCGCUAACAGACGAGGGGCUGCUGUACUCCUGGGGGGCCAACACAUACGGACAGCUGGGCACAGGCAACAAGAUCAACCAACUCAGCCCAAUGAAGGUCAUGGCGGACAAGGAGAGGAUCGUGGAGAUAGCUGCGUGCCACUCCACGCACACCUCGGCGGCCAAGACCCAGAGCGGCCACGUGUACAUGUGGGGUCAGUGCAGGGGCCAGUCUCUCACCUCGCCUCACCUCACCCACUUCCCCUGCACCGACGACGUCUUCGCCUGCUUUGCCGCACCCGGCGUCACGUGGAGGCUGCUGUCCAUCGAGCACGACGGCUUCCUGACAGUGGCCCAGUCUUUGAAGAAAGAGUUUGACAGCCCUGAAACCUCAGACCUCAAGUUCAGUGUUGAUGGCAAAUUCAUACACGUUCACAAAGCAGUGCUAAAAAUAAGAUGUGAACACUUUCGGUCCAUGUUUCAGUCCCACUGGAAUGAAGACAUGAAGGAAGUGAUUGAGAUUGACCAGUUCUCCUACCCCGUGUACCGUUCCUUCCUGGAGUUCCUCUACACAGACACUGUAGACCUCCCCCCUGAGGAUGCCAUUGGACUGCUGGACCUGGCCACCGCGUACUGCGAGAACAGGCUCAAGAGGCUGUGUCAGCACAUCAUCAAGAGAGGCAUCUCCGUGGAAAACGCCUUCUCCCUGCUGUCCGCUGCGGUCAGAUAUGACGCUGAGGAUCUUGAGGAGUUCUGUUUCAAGUUCUGUGUCAACCACCUCACCGAGGUCACCCAGACAUCAGCUUUCUGGCAGAUCGACGGCAAUCUGCUGAAGGAGUUUAUCCGCAGAGCCAGCCGCUGUGGAGCCUUCAAAAACUGACCCCCUGACCUUGGGCUGGCAAUAAAUGUGCACACAUAGCCAAGGAACCAUGGCUGUUACUGCUGGCAGUCAUCCUGACCACUAGAUGGCAUAAUCAAAAGAUUAUCCUUAAAGGUUUUGGGUUUUUGUAUUUCUUUCCGCAGAUCAUUUUUAUAGAUUUAAACGUUUUACACUUGUCUAGCCCAACAAGACAAAUCCAAGACCACCCCCCCACCCCCCAAUUCAGCUCAUCAGCUCAUAAAGCGCUUCAAUAAUUGGGUCGGGUAUGCUAGAUCAAGGAAAACAUGAAACUGCAGGGCAGUGGAACCAUAGCUGAUAUUGACCAUAGACUCUCCUGGUUUAGAGGUGUUCAAAUUACAGUUCUCAACAACCAGGUCCUACAGAUCACGAGAUCCAGGGCUGGAUUUGGAUUUGAGGUCCAGAUUUGAGUACUUUGCCUUAGGCCAUGUUUCAGUGCUGAUUUAAUUGAGACACUAAACUUUCAGUGUUACUUACAAACCACUGGAUAAACAACAGAGCUGAUCUGUUACACUAUACUGUCAUCCACACCUAUGAUUGUCAAGUUGGCUCUCAGGGACUAACAGAUGGUCCAUGCCUUUGCUCUUUUCCAGCUCCUAGUAUACCUGAAUCAGGCCAUUAAGAACACGGAAUAGCUUAAACGGGUCUAAGGGGAGCUGGAUUAAAGCACAACUGGUGGCCCUCUGCUUGGCCCAGAGCCCUGGGUUAAGAUACACUAACAUUGUGCAUGAUGGUGAAAUUUCCAUUAAAAUUAAUGUCAGCGUUUUUGAAGAAAAAAAAAAAGACACUAAAUUUAAGUCCCAACAUGGCUGUUGGAAUUGUGGUAGGGACUGAAUGCCUGCUUUUCCCUUUUCUAAAUUCUGUUAUCAACCUCUCCAUAGACUAGUUGAUGGACUCAGUGCUCCAGUGAUGGGAAUGCACAGGCUUCUAUGUCCUGGUUCACUGUAGUGCAUUUAACUUCAAGUGAUGGUGUGGUUGAAAGCUGUUAUAAAAGUUCAAAGACCAUUGAAUGGCCAUGGUUGCCCAAGAAAAUCUCACAUCUGGACCUUUGUGCACCGGUGGCACUGCCUGUUGGUGCUUAAGAAGAAUACCACUUUUAUUUAGGUAUUUUGGAAUGUUUGGUAAUUCACUAUUGCACUUUCCUUAGAAUGUUUUUGGAUUCUAGUUACUAACCGUGCUUCCAGUAGUUUGAAGCAGUGAGGAUUUUCCUUUGAAUAUUGAGUGCGCAGAACUAAACUUUAUCCGAGUACUCAUAGCUUGCCUCUAGAGCUUUUUUUUUUUUUUUUUUUUUUUUUUUUCCCCCUUUUUUCCCCUUAAGUCCCCAGUAAGGACUUUAAGCAAAGGAUGUCUCUAAGCAGCACUGCUCUUGCUGAUUACUACAGGUUUAUUUCAUAGAGGCUUCUGUUCUGGUGUCCAGUAGUUACAUGGCACGUAAGUCUCAGAGAUUUGUGUGUUUGUUUUGUAUGGAUUUUGCUUUGUGUGUUCUGUUACAUAGAAGAAUUUUGGGUUUUUAUGCACAAGUGCUUGUCAGGUAUUUGUGGCUGCUUGUGUGUUACUUUUUUAUGUAUAUAUUGUAUAGAUUUGCACUACAUUUGAGAAAAGCUUUAUCUAUUUACAAAGUGUUGCAGUUGUGAUUUGUGACCAAAAUAAAGCUUUUCACUACAGUUUGA